AUGGCUUCUCUCUGCCUGGUGCUAUUGCUGCUCCUGGGGCUGUGGGCAUUGUGGGGGUGGCUGUGGGGAGCCCCUGGAGCCCAUUCGCCUGCCCCCCGGUGGCCCCCAGGACCGCGCCCACUACCACUUAUCGGGAACCUGCAUUUGCUACGGGUAACCCAGCAGGAUCGCUCGCUGCUGGAGCUCUCCCAGCGCUAUGGGCCUGUGUUCACGGUGCACCUGGGGCCGCAACGGACAGUGGUGCUAGCUGGGUACAAGGCCGUGCACGAGGCGCUGCUGACCACGGGGCACAAACUAGCGGACAGGCCCCCCAUCGCCAUUUUCCAGCGGAUUCAGGGGGGUGCGGGUGUUUUCUUCUCCUCGGGGCCCCAUUGGCGGGCAGCGCGGCGUCUCACCGUGAGCACCCUGCAGCACCUGGGUGUGGGGCGAGGGCUGGGGGCCCACAAGGUGUUGACCGAGCUGGGCUACCUGUCGGAGCUGCUGGACAGCUACGGAGGCAGGCCUUUCCCUCUCCGCCUGCUGGGUUGGGCACCGUCCAACGUCACCUUUGCGCUGCUCUUCGGUCGUCGCUUCGACUAUAGUGACCCCGUGUUCAUGUCCCUGCUGGACCUCAUCGAUGACGUCAUGACGCUCCUGGGCAGUCCUGCCCUGCAGUUAUUCAACAUCUACCCGCGCCUGGGUGCACUGCUGCAGCUGCACCGGCCGCUGCUGCGGAAGAUCGAGCAGGUGCGCGCCAUCCUGAGGGCCUCGCUGCAGGCCCGGCCAGCUCCCGACUCCGUAAACAGCUAUAUGGAUGCCCUGAUCCUCAAGGGCCAGGAAGGUGACCCAGAAGGCAAGUUUUCCGAAGCCGACAUGGUGGCCUGCGCCCUGGACAUGGUCAUGGCCGGCACCGAGACCACUGCAGCCACUCUGCAGUGGGCCGCGCUCCUGAUGUGCAAACAUCCUGAGGUGCAGGGUCGCGUGCAGGAUGAGCUGGACCGUGUGCUGGGUGCCGGGCGGCUCCCAUGCCUGGAGGACCAGCCGUCGCUGCCCUACACCAACGCAGUGCUGCACGAGGUCCAGCGCUUCAUCACGCUGCUGCCCCAUGUGCCCCGUUGCACGGCCACAGACACCGAGCUGGGCGGCUACUUGCUCCCCAAGGGCACUCCAGUCAUCCCACUGCUGAGCUCCGUGCUCCUGGACAAGACACAGUGGGCCACCCCAGACUGCUUCAACCCCAGCCACUUCCUGGACACGCGCGGCUGUUUCAUCAGGCGUGCCGCCUUCCUGCCCUUCUCUGCAGGUCGCCGUGUGUGCGUUGGGGAGAGUCUGGCUAGGGCAGAGCUGUUCCUGCUGUUUGCUGGCCUCCUGCAGAGGUACCAUUUGCGCCCCAUCUCUCUGGACAUGGACCCUGCCCCGGCCUUCACCAUGCGGCCACCCGCCCAGGCCCUGUGUGCUGAGCCCCGAGGCCGCUGAGUGCACACACAGUCAUGCCGGCCACCAAUACCC